UCCAGGUAUCCACAUACAGCAACGAUAUUGUCCUCCAUUGUUGUUUGGGAUUUCUGCCUCCGCUCGCAUCAUAAUCGCCUCACUACUAGAGAAAGCUCCUGAUUGGUUAAAGCGGCGCGAAUUUUCAGCAAAGGUCAUAUGUUUCAACUCGUGUAAAUCACGCGAACGCUCAAUUCGCGCGAUUCGCGUCAUUCGCUUCAUUUGCGCUGCAAGUAGAUCUAUCGCUUCUUUGCAUUGACUUAACAUGUAAAUCACUCGCAAUUAACGUUUCAUUCGCGUUUGGUCUGAACACACCGUUAGAGAUUACAGAAACUGACAAUGGAUAUUAAUAUUCAACCGUGAGGGAGACUCUGUGGAUGUGUCUUUACCCAAUAACAUAAGGAAUUAAAUAUCUCUAUUCAAGAGAUAGUUCAAUCCAAAAAAUGACAUUUCUUUAAUCAUUUACUCACCUUCAUGUCAUUUCAAGCCUGUAUGGCUUUAUUUCUUCUGCAGUGCACAAAGUUAUUUUGAAGAAUGUACACCACUGACACCAAUUGACUUCUAUUCUAUGGUGACAAAACCACUGAAACAUUUCUCAAAAUACAAAAAAGCACGGAAAAGCAUAAACGCCUAAACAUUUUACGAAAAAAACUAAUGAGCACUAAAACUAUAAAAGGAUGCUGUUUGUGAUAUAACGCAGAUGGAGGGUCUGUCAGUGGGUAAGUCACAGAACAUUUCUCACCCACACUCAGAUUUACACAGAGUUCAAGAAUAAUCACACAAGCUUAAUUAACAGAGUUAUGGUUACAGGGGCCCAUGCUGCACCAGCGUCACAGAUCUCGCUGCUUUCUGCUCAGACCACCGGUGAAAUGUGGCUGGUCUUAUUAGCUGAAUACAGAUAAGAGAAACCCUGCUUCUCUUGCAUGGUGAUGUUAUUAUUUUAUCUGCAAGGGGUGGACAACAAGUGGAUAAUGAUAUAAUGUAUAAUGAAACGAAUCUUGUAGAAUGAUGCAAUUUCACUGGCAGAAAUUGCAUGCGCAUGCUAAAGCGAGUAUGUUAUGUUAAAAUACUUCUGUCCGUGUUCAGCUGUAAGUCCUGUUCUCUAUAUUGUGUUUUUGUACCACCUUAAUAUUUUGCAAAGCAUUUCAUUGUACAUUAUAUUAUGUGGUACGUCAGAAAUAAACCUUGAAACCUGUCUGGUCACAGCUGAAGAAGAUGUGGUGUCCAUGGCUGAUUCCACCAUCAGAGUGGAGGACAUUCAGGGGGAGCUGUUUAAAAUCGAGAGGAUAAAAGAUGUGCUGGUUCGGAAGGAGUCCGAGCUCAGAUAUAUGAUGGACGACAUUCAGUUGUGUAACGAGAUCACAAGACUCAAAAAGGAACUGCAGAAACUGGUUUCAAUCCCAGACAAAGACAAGUCCAAUGAGGACCGACAGCGCGAGGAAGACCUCCUACAGCAGAUCCAGAAGCUGGUGGAGACGCGAGACUUUCUGGUGGAUGACUUGGAGUUCGAGCGACUGAGAGAGAGAGAGGAAGAUAAAGAGAUGGCAGAUUUCCUGCAGGCCAAAUUUCCCAACAGGUGCAGCAUGAAACGUCACACUAAGGACACGAGAAUGACGUCCAGAGCUCAGCAAACCUCAUCUCCUUUCGUGACCAAGACGGGCGUCACACUGCUGAAAGAAUGUUGCGGUUUCACCUGCUCCAUCAUGUAGAUUAACACUAGCCAGCGGGAACGUCGCAAUGUUGAGCGGCAUGUAAACAAGCCCUUAGUCCCGUGAUACAUCACAAUAUUUUCAUGCACGCUUUUCGCAUUGAGUAUUAUAACAGACUGCAGUCCAUGACUGACCAGGGGAUGUGAAUAUUAUGCAAAAUAAUAGCUGAUGUAAGAAUCAAUCCAAAUGAAGUUUUAUCAGUGUAAUGAGGUGACACUCUGUGUACAUUUCAACAAUUAAGAAUGAAAAGGCUUAAAGCAGAAGACUAACCUAAGGCUAAACUCCUUUUAGAUGUUGUUAAGCUGUAGCUCAUGCUGUUUUAAUAUUGCAUCAGCUGUUGAACCACAAUGAAUGUCACCACGAAUACGUCACGUUGUCCGUGGUUGUUCAUGCGAAGUUUACCUACAGUUUCAAAUGCAGACUUACUUUAGACAACGUGUGUAGGUGUGUGCACAUAGAAGAGAGAGAGAGAGAGAGAGAGAGAGAGAGAUGGGAGGUAAAGCGAGAGAGAAAGUCAUAUUUUGGAUCACUUGGGACACCAAGUACAUUAAACUGUGUUUAAAAGAGAAUGUAUCAAUUUAAUUUAUGCAUUUAAAGUUGUGAAUGUAAACAAGCUCAUCUGAAUCCCCUGUCAUGUUUUGCUUCGUCAGGAGUUUGUAAAAUAAGUGAAAUAUAGAAAAUGUUAAUGACUAUAACAGUACGGGGACGGCCAAAAACGUUUGUUGAGUUUACUUCAGAUCCUUCAGUUUAUCUUCUCCUGUGGUGCACUGCUCAGUUUAUUUAGAAAAAAUAUGACUGUAGAUUGAAAACACAAACACUAUUUAUAAAAGUGUAUUCAUAAUAGGACUAUAUCUUUCAUCACUGUAAUGUGUGGUUGGUAUUACUUACAAAUGAUAUAUUUGUGAUGCCUUACCUUUGAGAUUAUUUUAACUAAGCAGUGUUUAUUUAAAGCAAGAAAAUAUAUAUUUUACCUUUAAAAGAUUGAUGAGAAAUCAACACUGUGGUGAGAAAUGUCUAUUAAUAAAUUUAAAAUAUGCACACAUAGGCUUCAACAUACUAUGUAUUAUGUGAUUUGAUUGCAGAAUUAUAUUUGUGCGAAUGCUUCUGUUGUGGUUAUAGAUUUUCA